AUAAGUGUAUAUUCUCGUACAAUAACCAAUAUCAGUUCAGAAAAUUGAGCACAUAUAUUGAUUUCAUAUUCCUACCAAAAAAACAAGACUGCAAGAAAAUUAGAGAUGAAUGAUACAAGUAAUACUAUAAUCCGAUAGGAUAUUGACCAAACGAAAAGCCAAAAAAGAACUCAGAUGCUUCACUUCACGUCUCGUCUUCACUAUAUAUUGUGAAUGUUUAUACGUUACAGCUCCCACUAAGACAGUUGAUUGUUAAUCUCCCUCUCUUAGCCAAAACUUUCCGAAGAGGUUCCUUUGCUCUUGUGUGCUACGUUCGAUCCCUUUAAACGUUCUAUAAUGGCAAGACAUGCAGUUGUUUAUGCUGUUCUGAUUGUCACUUCUGUAAUCUGUUUCAGAUCAGGCUAUGCACAGGAUCCAGGACAAUUUCUUAUAAAAGCACUGUCUUGUUUCAAUGCCGACAAUAUCUAUAGUAGGUGCUCGGAAGCAUACAGACUAACCCAAAGUGGAUACCUCAACAUACCUUCUGCUGCAACAGAACAGUUCUGCUAUGGUCCGUGUUUGGCAGAAACACACCUUGUCCUUGACUGUGUUGAUCAUUCGCUGUCCAAAUUUGUGUUCUACAACAAGGCCACAAUUAAUGAUGUAAGAGCAACACUUCAAGCAGCUUGCGGCCACACCCAUGAAAGAGGAAACUUCAAUGUGGAAGAAUACAUGCAGAAAUAUAUGCAGGAUGAUUGGAGCGGUGCGAAUCUAUCUCCCUCACCAAACAACUUGUUCACCUUGAUUUUCCUUUCUUCAACACUAAUCCUCAUGAUCAGAGUUCUGUGAGGUCCUAUUUGACAGGAAGCCAAAUUUUUAUUAGAAAAUAUUAUACUGAAGCAACGAAAUAGAUUUGCUUCUAUUUAUUUGGAACUAAUUAAAUGAAAGAGGCAUCAGUAUAUAUGUACACACUUGACAGUAAGCCAUACCUCCUGCUUAUGAUAUAACAUCACAAGGAGAAUUAUGUAAACAGGUAUAUAAAACCAACAGAACACUGAAUGAGAGAAGCAGCAUAGCACCAAUAUUGCCAGAUAUGUAUGCACUAAACAUCAAGCCCUAUUGCCAGUUUAUGAUUUAAUAAAAACUUUAUGAAAAAUUAGUAUAUACGUAUAUAAAACCCACAGAAGAGAAGCGCCAAUGUAUACACUCCAAUGUCCAGCUUAUAAUGUACUAUAUUAGUUACAGUAAUAACUACUAAUAAGAGAAUUGUGUAAA